AUGGAAACUGAAGUUGCUUCUUCUUAUGCUUCAACUAUAUUCCUUUGGACUCAACAUAGUGUUGAAUCAGCCUCUGUGAUUAGCUAUCUUCCUGGUUUCGAGGGUCCUCUUCCUUUCCACCUUGAAACUGGCUACAUUGGUGUUGGUGAGGAAGAGAAAGUGCAGCUUUUCUACUACUUCAUCAAAUCUGAAAGCAAUCCUGAAGAAGAUCCUCUUCUGAUUUGGUUAACUGGAGGACCUGCUUGCACUUCUCUCUCUGCUCUUGCUUUCGAAAUCGGGCCUUUGACUUUCAAGAAUGAGGUAUCCGAGUUUGCCUCAAAUCCUCUCUAUGUCGGUGGAGAUUCAUACUCCGGUAUGGUUGUUCCAGCCAUUGUUCAACACAUCUUAAUAGGAAAUGAACAUGGCUACCAACCUCUAAUCAAUCUUAAGGGUUAUGUUCUUGGAAACCCGGCAACAGAUUAUGAAAUUGAUUAUAACCAUAGGAUCCCAUAUGCUCAUGGAAUGGGACUGAUCUCUGAUGAACUCUACGAGUCGCUUAAAAGAAGAUGCAAAGGAAACUAUGUAACUAUUGAUCCUACUAACACAAAAUGCUUGAAACUGAUGGAAUACUACAAUAAGUGUGUUUCAAGGAUAAAUGAAGCACUUAUUUUGACACCAUUGUGUGAUUUUGCAUCGCCGAACCCGUUUUCAGAAGAGCAUAUUGGAAGAAGAGAUCUUAGGGAACUUGUUCACUCAGAUCUUUCACUUCCGUCUUCUGAUUGCUAUACGUAUCGGUACUUGCUAGCUAUGCAUUGGGCUAAUGAUGAAGAUGUACGCAGAGCACUUCAUGUGGUGAAAGGAAGUAUAGGGAAAUGGGUGAGAUGCGAUUGGGAUUUGGCUUAUGAAUAUGACAUAAAGAGUAGUGUACCAUACCAUCGAAACAAUAGCAUCAAAGGGUAUUUGAGAUCAUUGGUUUAUAGUGGUGAUCAUGACUUUGUGGUGCCUUUUACUGGAACACAAGUUUGGAUUAAAUCUCUUAAUUAUUCAAUAAUUGAUCAAUGGAGACCAUGGCUUGUUAACAAUCAAGUUAUGGGAUAUACAAGGACUUACGCCAAUAACAUGACAUUUGCUACUAUCAAAGGAGGAGGGCACACUGCAGAGUAUAAACCAGAGGAGAGCUUCACAAUGUUUCAAAGGUGGAUACGUGGCCAACCUCUGUAA